GAGUUUUAAUAAACCUAACAGCGAAGAAAAGAAUGGCAAUUAAACAGAGUUAAGGGAGCAAGCGCCAAGCAAUACCUAUCCAUCCUUUGAUCAGAAGUAAUACUAAUAUCCUAAAACUAGACGAUCCAUUUACCACACCCACAUAGUAUAUAUAGCUUUCCACCCACAAAUCACCUCAAAAAAUAAAUUUGGGUUCAUGCAUAAAACUCCAAGAACGUACGACCCAUUGAUCCUGAUCCAUCUUAUCUUUCAUUUUUUUCUAUUUCUAUUAAACAAGAUUCAGUCAUUACAACUCGCUCUUUCUCAUUUGCUAACUGAGGGAAAGAGUAGACACAGAGAGAACGGGAGAGAUGAAGGAAGAGAAGGUUGGGGUGAUGUUGCUGCUGGUGUUUGCGCUGAGUUUAUGCGAGAUAACGUCGUCAUCAGGUUCUUACUUUGAUCAGCAGCAGCAGUACCAUCAUAGGAGGAAGUCUAUGCUACCAACGGAAGCGACGUCGUCACUGAUGCUCAAUCGAGCUGGUUCCUCCAUUGUGCUCCCUGUUGACGGGAACGUGUAUCCUAAUGGGUUCUAUAACGUUACCCUCAACGUAGGACAGCCAUCAAAGCCAUACUUCCUUGAUCCUGAUACCGGCAGUGACCUCACAUGGCUCCAGUGCGAGCCCUGUACUCAUUGCACUGAGGCUCCCCAUCCACCUUACAGGCACACUAACAACCUGGUAGCCUGUAAGGACCCUCUUUGUAAAUCCUUGCACCCAACCGAUGACUACAAAUGUGAAACCCCAGAACAAUGUGACUAUGACAUUGCUUAUGCAGAUGGUGUUUCAUCCAUGGGGUUCCUUGUCAAGGAUUUGUUUUCCCUCAACUUAACAAAUGGAGGAUUCCUUAGACCUCAUCUAGCCCUUGGAUGUGGAUAUGAUCAGAGUCCCAGUCUAUUUUCUCAUCCCUCUGACGGAAUACUUGGCCUUGGAAAGGGAAAGUCCAGCAUUAUAUCACAACUUAGCGGGCAGGGUUUGGUGAGAAAUGUCGUUGGACAUUGUUUAAGUGACCGAGGUGGAGGAUAUUUCUUCUUUGGGAAUGACCUUUAUGAUGCUUCACGUGUGGUUUGGACAUCAAUGUCACGUGAUCAUCCCGAACAUUACUCACCGGGGUUGGCAGAACUGAUAUUUGGAGGGAAGCCUACUGGAAUUAGAAAUUUACCUGUAGUUUUCGAUAGUGGGAGCUCCUACACCUACCUAACUUCCAAGGCUUACGAAGCAGUAACUUCUUUGGUGAAGAGAGAAUUACCUAGAAAGCACUUCAAAGAAGCAUUGGAUGACAAGACUCUCCCAUACUGUUGGAGGGGUCGAAGACCAUUCAAAAGAGUAGAGGAUGUGGAGAAAUACUUCAAGCCCUUGGCAUUGAGCUUUGCCAAUGGUGGGAAAGCUAAACCUUUUGUAAUCCCCCCAGAAGCUUAUCUGAUUAUCUCAGUAAGUCCCACCUUUAUUUUCUCCUUUGUUCUUUUCGAUCUAUGUCUCAGUUGCAAGCAAGGCACUAUGUAUCAAAACACUCAAACAACAUGUUUAUUGCAGUCUAAGGGUAACGUGUGCUUGGGAAUUCUAAAUGCAACAGAAGUAGGGCAGAGUCUGAACAUCAUUGGAGAUAUAUCAAUGCUGGGGAAGAUGGUGGUCUAUGACAAUGAGCAGGAGUUGAUUGGAUGGAUGUCUGACAAGUGUGAUCGGCUUCCAAAACCUAAAACUGUUAGCAAGUGGUUAAAAUAAUGAGUCAAUUUCUCAUUAUUAUCACACCUGUAAAUAUUUAAGAAAAUAAUGACUUGUACUAGUUUAUGUAUAUCGUGAAAAGGGUAGAAGGUUUUACCUUUUAACGUUAAUAAUUUACAGAUAUGGUUGUUGAUUAAUUCAAUAAAAUUUACCAUCAUGCA